AUGUCGGAGUCUCUCCGGACAGCUUCAUUGUCAGACGAUGCGAUUCCAGACCGCAGCGUGAUUGACAAUGAACACGGCUCUGUAGGGACCCGCCAUCCAACUCGUCGGCCACCGCUACGAGCUCGACCACAAUCCUGGCAUCCAUAUGGGCCGGUGGAGCCUCCACUAGAGGCUACUUCCAGAUCUAUAGGCGUUCAUUCUAUCUUGAACCCACCCUCUCAAUCUACAAUGGAGUCGACUGUGAGCAGCAAUUUGGAUCGGCGCAGUAUAUCGGGAGCUACGUCUCCUCGACCGCAAAAGGGCUCUUCACCUUUGAUUCGUCCUAUGCAUUCAAUAAUGCAACACCCAUUAUCUCCCAGGUCGACAGGCAGACCACCGAUUAACCCGGGCUCACCAUCAGCACGCUUUGUGGGUGGAGGAAGAAGCGGGCAAUCAAGCGUUGCUCAGUCUCCGAUGGUUCCUCAUGAGCCUCCUCUCGGUUUACGUCAGACUUCAGCAAGCUCACCCCUUCCCAUGGACGCAACACUUCGACCUCUCGCAUCCUUACCAGUCUCUCAGGCUCCCGGAGUGGCAUCAUUGCACAACACACCAAAUGUUCACUCGCGACGUACCAGUACAGGACCACCAGCGCAAUUAACGAAUCCUCACUCACAAGAGACCAGCCCAACCACGCCUCAUUCGACAUACAGUCACUUUGGACGUGUCUCCCCACCUGGCACUAAUGCAUCCGUCCCACCGAAUAUAGCCCCAUACUCAGCAGCAUCAACACCAUACAUGCCAAUGGAAACCUUGCCGCGCAGUGGAUCAGUAACUACAGUACCACGGAGUACAGCAGAGGAGACAACAGCAGGAAUGACAACUCAAGGACCAGGAACACCAGGCAGUACAUCUUCUCUCGGGCCACUGAUACCCUGUGUCCUGGAUCUCAAGUCCGGGUCAACAAGCCAAGCCGAAAAGCGCAAAGCAAAUAGCGACGCCUCACGCCGGUUCCGCAACCGCAAGCGCAACGAACUCCAGCUUGAGCAACGCCUCACAGCGCAGCAUGACGAAAUUCGACGCCAAGGCGAGGAAAUUCGUAUCCUCAUCCAACAACGAGAUCACUAUAGAUCGGAACGAGAUUUCUUCCGCGAUCAUUUUGGCCGCUCCUCUUCUCUGAGUCAAUUCCCGGCCCGGCCUUCCUCGCCUCGCUCUGUAUCCUCUGCUACCCCAUCGAUUCUUCCUGCCCCAUCCUCUGAACUUCCUCCUGCUACGACGUGGUCCAGUGGGGAUGCGAUGAGAGCUGUGGCUGAUACACAUGCGCAGCCUGCAUCUGCACCUGUGACUAGACCGCAGGGAAGUUGGGCUGGGACUCCGGCAUCAUAUCCUGCAGUAGCUCAUGCGUCAGCACCACCAACUAUUGGAAGAGAUGCUGCGCCUUCUGGACCACCUGUUUCUGGUGAAUCUUUACCUCCAUUUCAAGGAUCCUGGAGUCGGCAAUAA